GUAGAUGUCAAAUACUUGUAAUUGACUAUCGGUGGGGUAGUAUGGGGUCCGACGAGACCGCUAUCACGAUUAUUGGAGGCCCUCGGGUAAUUGACGUUUUUUACGGGAACGGGGCGCCAUCGGGUCCAAAUUAUUUACUUUUUUCGGAGGUAGAUCGGCUCGCGGACUCCCUCUCGGGUGGGUGUGAGGUCGGGUGGUCGCCUAGACCGCAUGCGCGAGUGCUUGGUGCUCUCCAGAGAGCUCUGGAUCCAAAACUUUGGAGGAUCAUGGGAGAGGGCCGCGCACUGCCAAGGACCUGUACUGAUAUGUAUAUACCGAAGGAAGCGCCCGCGCAUGCGGUGUAGGCGUUUGCACGUGUAUAGUACCGACCCUGAGUGACCCCUGGGAGACCUCUAGGGCAGGGAUUGACAGGAUUAAACCGGCGCGGCCGCCCUGUGGCCUCGUCCGCCUCCGCACCGCGAAACUAUUUUUGGCCCCCAGUAAGUGUCCCAUUGAUCUCUUUGGACCAGUAGCGGACUGAAGGGUACUCACAUAGCUGCAUGUCAUUCCCCAAAACCCGCGGCCUCAAACCCACCAGUAGUUUUGCGCCCCCCCCCGGGCCUCGUAAAAAGGCGCAGUGGACUCGACGCGAGCGCCGCGGCAGGACGGUUAAGCCCGGCCGCAGCGCGCCAGCAGCGCUGGCAAGCCCUCGCUGGGCUCCGCGUAAGCGAAACGACUGCGCAGCUCGUUUGAACCGAACAACGGACGGAUUUGACCAGACGAGGUCAGGAGCGGCCGCGGCGCAAACAUGGCGACGACGCACCCUUCCACCGUGACCGCGGCGGUGCCCGCGGCCGCCGCAGCGCCCGCGACCACGCCCGUGACCGCGGCGGCGGCACCCUUGACUGCCGCGGCGCCCGUGACCGCGCCCGCUCCCGCGACGACCGCGCCAGUGACCGCCGCCGGCCCGGGCUCGUCGCAGCCGGCGCCGCCAGAAGCGCCCAAAUUCGGCGACCUCUUUAGCGGCUGGCCGCAGAGGACGUCGAGCGCACCUGUCUCCCAGACGAACUUCCACUUUCCGCGGCGGACGGCGAGCGAAGGCUCCGCGGCGCAAACGACCGCUUUCCGCGCCGCCGCUGCGCGGCUGAGCGCAGCCGCGUCAGCUCCCACGUUCAACACGAACGGUGGUCUAUUUACGUCUUCGGCCGCGCCGCAGCCGCCGAGCGGUGGUCUAUUUACGUCUUCGGCCGCGCCGCAGCCGCCGAGCGGUUUAAUUCCGCCUCCGCCCGCGCACUCGGCCACAAAUUUGGCGAGUCCAAGGGCCGGCCGCCGCAUCGUGUCCGUCGGCCGUCGCUUUACCGCUCGGGCCGCCUCGACACCCGCGCCGGCCGCAAAACCGACGACGAAGCCGCAUCAGGCGAACGUCGAGGCCGCCAGGGCCGCUUUGGGCCUGUCGGGUGCGCCGCCGGCGCCCGCCGGGUUAUUCAGUGCGACGCCAGCCUUUGGGGCGAAACCCGCGAUCGGCGCGGCGGCGGCGCCCGUCCUCUUCGGCCAGCAGCCGCAGCAGCCCAUCUUCCCGGCGGGUCCACCGGCCUGUACGACGCUCUCGACGGGCUGGCUCGGGGACUUUUCGCGGUUCCUCAAGUGGGAGGCCGUCGACUCGACGCGCGCGGUGGACGCGAAGCUCUGGGUGCGGGGGUCGAAUUCCUUCGCCGCGGACCGGUGCUGCUUGUCGGACGGCUUGACGGAGAUGGAGUUCGACAUCUCGAGCCUCGGGCCCUUGGAGCGCGCCAACCUCGCGCCGGGCAACGUCGUCUGCGUGAAGAGGGUCAAGAUAAAGUCGGCGACCGAGACGCCGCGCAUGGCCAUCGAGCGGACGGAGCUCGUCCAGGGCCAGCCCCGCCGGCCCGACGCGAACGCGAAGGCCGACGCGACACCCGCCGCCGGGAGCGUGCACCUGCUCACGGGGGCGUCGAGCGCCGGCACCGUCGUCGUGGUCCGCGUGGCCGAGGUCCUCCGCGAGCCGAAUACCGUGGACCGCUGGCGCGUGGAGAUUGACGACGGGGACGCGACGCUGUCGUGUUUGUUGGCGGCUGGCGUCCACGCCAACGUCGCGCCGCGGUCGCUGGUCUCGGUGAAGUCGGCGGGCCGCGCCGACUUCGACGGUGCGAGCACGGUCGUCCUGCAGUCGAUCACAGUCGUUGCCCCGCCGCCGCCGCAAGACAAAGCCGCGCCCGUGACGACGCCGACGAAGAAGAAGCCGCUCGACGAGGUCUCGACGAACGUAACUCCAGAAAAGGCGAUCGUGCAGGCCAAUCUCCUCUCGCCCGACCACGGGCGGCAGACGUUCUUCGUGAGCCCUACGGGCGUCGAGAACUUUCCGUCGUUCGCCGUUGAACCGCGCGGCGGCCGCGACUGGCGGUCGCGCUGGCGGGAUGAGAUCGACGGCGACGCGAUUGUGUUCGCGGGCGCGCGAGCCGUCGCGGGCGACGCGUUCGAGAAACGAGCUCGGCUGCUGCGCGAAGCGUGCAGCCGGCAGCAAAUCAUCGUCUCCGGCGGCGACUGGAGGGCGCGGAAAGACGUCGACUCGCUUUUCCUCGAGAAGAUGCUGCGCGCUUAAGCCGGCCGCAGCUCGUCGUGGCGCCGCCUCACGGAGGAGAACUUCCCGGCCCUCACGACUGCGGUGGCCCAGGCCAGGACGGCCGUCACGCGCAUUACUGGUCUCCAGAAACAGCUCGAGGGCUCGCGACGAAUGCGCGCCCUGAUCAAGCGACCCAUCGACGAGGGCCUGCUUGGCUCGUGCCUGUUCGAGCGAGGCGUCGCGCGUUUGGAGGCGGAGGUAGCGGCCGGGUCGGCUCUUCUCGACGCCGCCUACGAACAUCUCGCCGCCAUCGAAACGGUAGGCGCGCGACGCUACGCGCUCGGAGCAAUCUGCGAGGUCCUUGGAAAGCCCAAGCCGCGGGUUGAUUGGCGCGCCUGCUGGGACACCACGGACGAUCUAAGCAGCCUAUUCCGGGAGGAGGAAUCCUUCGACUCCGCGUGGCGAGCCGCCGCGGGCGAACUCGAAGGUCGCGUGGCCAUGGCGGUCGUCGUCGACGAGGAGGCCGAUCCCGAUCACUGGUCGCCGGGUGUGCGCGCCAUCUCACACCUCGAUGACCGCUACCUCAACGAGGGGUUGGACUCUGUGUGGAAAUCAACCAGUGUGUCGGGUGCACCCGACAAUUCUUCACUAAGUCAUUUCUCGGCGAUGACGCGGCCGACCUGGCUCGGUCGAGCUGCGAGGAACCGGCAUCGCCACGCCAUCGAGCAGGCGUCGCGUCGAUGGCGUGGAGGACGACGCGACGAUUCAGCACGAACGCGCCGUAAAAUUUUGAUUUCCACACAGGUUGGACUUCGACGAAGACGACGACCUCUGGAUUGAAGGAGACCGGCUCUCGUCCUACGCGGCCGCGGCGGCCGUCGAAGCGGCUUCGGGGACGCUCGCUGCCGAUCUGCGUGACGCGCCGGCCCUCGCCGUGGCCCGGAAAGCAAGCGAGUCGCUCGCGCGGCGCCGCCGCGCCCGCGAGGAUGCCUGGGCCGGUCGGUCGACCGUGAUAGCUCGGAAGUGGCCUUGGCGUGUCGGAGACGAGGCGGUGUGGGUCUCCCCGGGUGAGCCCGACCGGCGCUGCGUCAUACUGGCGCGUAGCCCGAGCCGGACCACGACCACCCCUCGCUGGAAAAUCCUAGCCGACAAUAUCGGCGAGACCCAGGUAUUUUCGACGUCUCUCCGCAUGGACCUUGCGGUCUUAAACGAGGGCAAGGACCUGGACGCGCGCGAGAAGGCGCUGGCCACCGCAGAGCGAACGAUCGCCGCGCGGUCGCGCGCCGAGCAACGCCAGGCCCUGCGCGACGCGCGCACGACGCUCGGCUCAGACGUGACGUCGCCGGUCGACUGGCGCGCCGCAGUCUUCGACGACAAGGAGAUCUGGCUCGCCAGCGAGGCCGACUUCCUCCGCGGCGUCGACUGCAAGCUGCUGAAGCUCACGCUAGAGACGGUCGCUACCACGGCCAAGUGCUCCUACGCCGAAGCGUUCGACGCGUGCCGGCGGGCGCCCCAGGACACGCUCGCUACGCUGAGCGCGUGCCUCACGGACGACGUCCGGGCGAUGGCUCGAAUCGUCGACCGCGCCGUGGAUCGGCUCCGGGCGUCUUCGGCUACUCUGGCCGCCGCGGCCUCGGCGGCCGAGCGAGAGGUCGCCGACCGCCGCGCGCGCUUCCAGGACGUCAUCGAUGCCGCUUCGACCGUCGCGCCCUCGCGCACCGUGGUGAUGCCAGCGGUGCUCUCGCGCGACGCGUUGAACACCUUAUUAGAUCAAAAGGCCUUCGAGGAGCUCUCGCGCGAAGACGAUCUGGAGAUCAUCGCGGGCCUCGUCAAGCGCAUCAAGGACGUCUUCGCCGCGGCCGGCGCGGCCCCGUCUCGGGCGCGGAUCGGAUACGCCGUCGGGGACGAAGAUUUGACGCGGCCGGCGACGCUAGAGCGCUAUGUGGACCAAUUAGCCCUCGCCGACGGCGCGGCGCCCCAGGGCGACGACCUGCCCUUUCAGCCGGCGGCGGACUUGUCUCGCGUCUUUGCGAGCAGCAACCAAUGGCUCAACCGGGCGCGCCGGCGGUACCGCUAUUGGGCCGAUCGGUGGAAGGAGCUCAAGACGUGCCCAAUCUGCUGGGACGCCCUGCCGAAGGCCGAGAUGAUGGGCGCGCACUUAGGAACCAAGCUCUGCGCCCAUUUCGACGAAGUCUGCGUGUCCUGCGCCCGAGAGCAUUGCAAAAAUCAUUUAGCUGAUUCGUCUGGUAUCACGGAGAAAGGGCUCCCUUGCGUGGAAUGGGGCUGCUCCACGCCGCUCACGCUGGACGCGCUGGCCGCGACGUUUACCGUUAUGCGCGGCCACGGCGACGGGGAUGCCUACCCGACCCCGGACCAGUUGUUACGGCCUGCAGAUGUGGCCAAAGCCAAACGCUUCGUCCGCGCCGCGAAGAUUAGUGUUUUUGGUCCGGGAGCGGCUUGCUGGUGCCCGAACGGGUGCGAGGAUUCGAUCGUCGAUCUCACGAGCCCGACGCCCCAGUGCAAGGUCUGCGCGACGGUCGUUUGCAAGUCGUGUCAACAGGUCGGGCACGACGGGCCCUGCGCCGCCGCCGCGAGCGCGCUCGACGAAACGUUAUGGCGCGGUAACUGGCAGCGCUGUCCCGGCUGUAAGACGGUUGUUGAGAAGAAGGAGGUCCGCGGCCGGCGUCCUUCGAGAAUACGCCAUCGACGCGACUCAUAAUCACUCACUCAUAGGCGUGCGACCACAUGCGGUGCCGGUGCGGAACGCUCUUCUGUUACAAUUGCGGCGCGCGCGGCCAUGGCUGCCCGACGAAGUGCACGCGGCCGCGCGUCUUCGACCCGGCCGAGGACAAGCGACCGGUCAACCGCACCAACCGCGCCGCCGACUACUAGGCGACGCAUCGGCAGCAGCGCGGCACCAAGGCCUGCGCGCGCCACUGAAGAUUAAGCUUAUUUAUGUGACUACUAGAUGAACAACACGGUUACACCAGGGCCAC